UGUGUGUUUCAGAGCUGCUAAAGAACCUGGUUUGAUACUUUUACUUUUUACAGUAUAAAGUCAGUCCUCAUUUCCUGUUUUGAUACUGUGUGAGGAGUUGAUGAAGUGUGGUCACAGCAAAACCUCAACUCUUGUCAUGGCCUGUAUGAAAUACCAGUGAAAUUACCACAUAGUUCAAAACAUAACCGAAUCUUUAACCUACUUUGUUUUUACUCAGAAUUCACACACACACACACACACACACACAUAUUCUGAACUUCACUGAUCCUUCCUUCUUCUCGACCUUGCUGUGCUCAGGACCGCAGAACAGGGUCAAAGGUUGCUAUCAAGAAGCUUCUUCGGCCUUUCCAGUCAGAACUUUUUGCUAAGAGGGCUUACCGGGAACUCCGACUUCUCAAACACAUGAAGCAUGACAAUGUUAUUGGGCUGCUGAAUGUUUUCACUGCAGACUUGUCACUGGACCGAUUCCAAGAUUUUUACCUGGUGAUGCCCUUUAUGGGUACUGAUUUAGGGAAACUAAUGAAAACAGGGAAGCUUUCAGAAGACAAAGUUCAGUGUCUUGUCUACCAGACACUGAGAGGAUUAAAGUAUAUCCAUGCUGCUGGUAUCAUUCACAGGGACCUCAAGCCAGGCAAUCUAGCCAUCAAUGAAGAAUGUGAGCUCAAGAUCCUGGAUUUUGGUUUGGCCCGUCAGGCUGAUAGUGAGAUGACAGGCUAUGUGGUAACUCGCUGGUACAGGGCUCCUGAGGUCAUCCUCAACUGGAUGCGCUACACACAGACUGUGGACAUCUGGUCUGUUGGCUGUAUCAUGGCAGAGAUGCUCAUUGGAAAACCUCUGUUCAAAGGACAUGAUCACUUGGAUCAACUGACAGAAAUUAUGAAAGUCACAGGAAAGCCUGAGCAAGAGUUCAUCUCCAAACUGCAAUCUGAGGAUGCUAAAAAAUACAUUCAGAAGAUGCCCACCCUUAGGAAAAAAGAUCUUCACACUUUGCUGCCAGAUGCCAAACCUCAAGCAAUUGCCGUGAUAGAGUCCAUGCUGCUGUUGGACCCGGAAUGCAGAGUGACGGCAGCUCAAGGUAUGGCUCUACCCUACUUCUCUGAGUUUUAUGACCCAGAGGAGAAAACUGAAGCACUGCCAUAUGAUCACUCACUGGACAAUGCUGAGCAGUCACUGGAGCAAUGGAAACGAGUCACAUUUAGUGAGAUUCUUACCUUCCAGCCUCCACCAUUGAGACCUGUGCAGAAAGAGACAUCACUCUGAGCUUCCACAUUGGACUCAAACAUCUAAAGCAAAGUGUGCUGUAUCUCUAGUCAUAUGACCCACUGGGGGGUGGGGUGGGAUGGUGGUAUAAAAAAAAAUAUACAGGGUGUUUUUAAAAAAAAAAAAAUUGAUAUCUGAGAUGUAAAUAUCCCAGAAACUACAUAGUCUAGACAAAUUAAACUGAACAGGAUCAAUGUUGAGCAAUAUAAGAUUUAUUCCUCAAAAUUUGAAUGAGAAAUUCAAAGGUAUGUGGAUUCCAUGAAUAAUUUCACAAAUUUUCAAUAUUUGCGAACCCGCUCGACUGUCUCUUCUGAUGCUGGUGGUCAUCCGGAUCCUUUUGCCCUGCAUGCACAGCCUUCCUCUUUGAACUUCUUGUGCCAUGUCCAAAUCUGCAUUGCAGUUGGUGCAAAUAAAAAAAAAAAAAAAAAAAGAGAGAAUUCUCUCAUAAAUGUACGCUGCACAGUCUUAUCCGACUGUGUUCGAGUGUACUUUAAUGCACAAAACACCUUUUCUUUUCCAGUGAAUGGCAUUUCUAGACCUAAAAACAUAAAAUUUUGACCUGUUUCCACACAUGCUGUUAAAAUUUGAGGUCAAUUGAACGAGAAAUGGCAAAGUUAUAAAGAUAUAUCUCAUUUUUUGAAACACCCUGUAUAUCUCUCUCACAAUUUAUGGACUGUAUAACCCACUGUUUCCCAAUAAGCGCUCCUAUGUAGGUGGUCAAUCAGUACUAUCCACAUGCCAUUAUUAGGACACAGCAUGACUUAUUCAUGAGUAUACUGUAACACAGAGGCAUAAAUGCAAUUAUUUCUUUGAGCAGGAGUUUGUCUGCAAUUAUAUGGUUCACUGUGGUCCAUGGACACAUUUGAGUCCAGUUACAUAUGGAACUAUGUACAUCUUAUGUUUUUAACAAAGUACUUAUGCAAAUAAAUUUACAACUAAUUGUCUGUAACCAAAGUUCUGCUUAUAUUUUCAAUAAAAACAAUUUUGUUUA